GCGCGGUGCGGCGCCGCGCCCGGUGUGCGCCGCUCAAAUGCGUCCGGGCGCCCAUGACGGGCCCAAGGGCAGUUGGGGCGGCGCCCGGCGGCGAGGCCUUCAGCUACCGUAACGGCACGUGGGGCGCGGCGGGGCGGGCGGGGGCUCCUCGCAGCGGAGCCUGGGUGCGUUUCACGGGUCCAGCUCGGGGACGGGAGCCUGAGGCGGAACCCCCCGCGUGGGGCUGUGGCGGUGACGGGGGACGAGGACGGGGCAGCGGCGGCCGUUGGGGUGCCGCAGCUGUGAGGCGAGGCGUCGAGGAGAGCAUGGGGCCAGUGCAGCCGGAGGUCAGCAUCAGCGCCGAGAGCCCCCGGGGCGGUGAGAGGAACGAGGCCAACGCCGUGCUGGCGGGUGCUGAGCGUGGCCCUCCUGGUACCUGGAGGCAGAAGUGUAAGGCCUACGUGCUGGCGCUGAGGCCCUGGAGCUUCAGUGCCUCCCUCACGCCUGUGGCCCUUGGUAGCGCGCUGGCAUACCGGGCUGAGGGAGUGCUGGAUCCGCGGCUGCUCUUGGGAAGUGCCGUGACCGUCCUGGCUGUGCACGGAGCUGGCAACUUGGUGAACACCUACUACGACUUCUCCAAAGGCAUCGAUCACAAGAAGAGCGAUGACAGGACUUUGGUGGACCAGAUUUUGGAGCCUCAGGAUGUAGUCCGGUUCGGGGUCUUUCUCUAUACUGUGGGCUGCAUCUGUGCUGCAGGGCUCUAUGCUGUCUCAACGCUGAAGCUGGAGCACCUGGCCCUGAUUUACUUCGGGGGACUUUCCAGUUCCUUCCUUUACACUGGAGGAAUUGGAUUUAAAUAUGUUGCACUGGGAGACGUGGUGAUCCUGAUCACCUUUGGGCCCCUGGCCGUCAUGUUUGCCCAUGCUGUGCAGGUUGGUUAUCUGUCUGUCUCACCACUGCUCUACGCUAUCCCACUAGCUCUCAGUACUGAGGCCAUCCUGCACAGCAACAACACCCGAGAUAUGGAAUCUGACCGGCAGGCGGGUAUUGUCACCUUGGCUAUCCUCAUCGGCCCUGCGUUCUCCUAUAUCCUCUACACCGUGCUGCUCUUCUUACCCUACCUGAUUUUCUGUGUGUUGGCCACACGCUACACCAUCAGCAUGGCAUUGCCACUACUCACCAUCCCGAUGGCAUUUUCACUGGAGAGGCAAUUUCGGAGUCAAAGCUUCAACAAAAUUCCUCAGCGGACAGCCAAGCUCAAUCUCCUUUUGGGGCUUUUCUAUGUUUUUGGUAUUACGCUAGCACCAGCUGGUGCCCUGCCCAAACUGUGACAGAGCUGUGGAGUCAGGCCUCACAAUGCAGUAUUAAUGCCAAUUAACAGGGGAUGGUGUGGGUAGAUGACUUGUUACGGAUGGUGGGAAGAACACAGAGACUGUUUUGAGCUGUUGAUUGUACGUGAGUUCCAUCACUUCUGGUCUUGGUUAGCUUGUACAAAAGACUUAAAGAAGCCAUCUGUCAGUUCCUUGGGAAGGGGGAACUGUACAGCUCUGCUUCAGGAGGAACAGCGUGACCUGAGGACAAGGAAGAGUUUAAAGAAGGUCACCCUUAUGCCGUUGGAUGUUGAGUGGCUUUUUCUGUUAACUUAAUGAAGUAAGAUUGAGUCUCAUGCAAACUCCUUUCCUUUCACAAGCAUGAUGAUGGCUCUUAUCGCUCCAUACCAUGGUCAAGGAGUCCAGUGGCUCCUGCAUGGUAAACAGAAAACACUGCCAAAUGUUUGUUUAGCAUCAUAACGAUGUAGGUGCUAUUACUUCACUCCCUUGUGAGCGUAAUUCAUCUUCAUCAGCUGUAUGUUUUGACUUUUGCAGUUUUUCUUUUCCUAGCCAAAUUUUGAGCUUUUCUUUCCAAGCCCAUUGAAAAGUACUAGAUACUGAUUCAUUCACUGUUGUCUCUGCUUGGCUCUUAGAGCCUAGAAUAUUCAAAUUUAUGCAUUUCUGUGGUGUGUUUGUGCUGAAAUGAAGCACAACUAGUCCACUGCACAAGCUUUAAGCCAAAACCAGUAGACUUAUAUUCUGCCAUAAAAGCUGAACCUGUAAAUGCAAAUCAUGCAACUGAAUAGCCCUCAGAAUAGCGCAGAAAAACAGGCAGUUUCCAUUUCUGCGUUUGCUUAGAAUUAACUGUCUGAAAGGACAUCCUUCUGUUUAAGGGGAGCUGAUGGAUAGGGUGCCAAAAUUCUGGUUGGACAUGGGUUAAUGGGGUGGGAGAACAAACUCUUAGUUUAAAAAAUGCAUCUUGUUGAUGGCCAUUCUCUCCUUAUUCAGAGGCCUGUAGUAUUAUAAUAAAAUGUCCUAAUGUAAGACCUAAAAGAAGCCCAGGUGGUAGCAAAGGAGAAAGAUACAGGGUUUGCAAAAUCUACUGCAUUGGCUCUGCAUUAAAAUUAGAGCUGGGAACAGGAAGAAGUCAUCUUUAGUGGCAGACUUUUUCUAAGGGAGUCCAGUUUUUGCAUGACUGAAUCACACUUUAAUGUUAAGAACUCUGAAGCGAGGUUCCCCACCUCUUUUCAUCCCCCUACACCUCACAGUGUUCUAUUUUCUUCUGCAGAUCUCACCCUUUGAUAUUUAUUUGGCCAUUUGGAGAACUGAUUGUGUCAAUAAAUAUGGAGCAGGAUGAAAAACAAACCAUGCCAAACACAAGCGGGAAAAAUCCAGUGACGUUCAUUGCAAAGAUGAAUUUGUUCCAUUCUGCAUUCUCUUCUGUGUUGAAGAAAAAGUCUUUAUUUCCUGUAUGUAGGGUUUUGGUGAGAUGUGUGUUUACAGGAGUUGUGAAGAACUUCACAGGAACUGCUACUGGUGUUGCACUAGUGCCUGGAGCACAGCUUUGCUUUUGAACCGAGUAGGAGCAUGCUAACCACUCUAUCAAGGGCUUUUAAACAUGAGCAAUAAACUUAGCAUCCUCCAUCUGGCCUAGGUAAGUCAUACAUCUGAGAGCACUGAGUAUUGUGGUAGGGGAGUGUGCUGCUAGUGGUGAAGCUGAGUUAAUGACACAGGAUUACGUAGUAUUGAUAGUUAAAUGACUUUUUAUGGCUUUGUGCUAUCCAGCUGUUGAUCUCCUCCUUUAUAGCUGAGCUGUAGAAGUUGAGGAGCAUUCUUUGCAUGCAGAUUUUACAAGCUACAGGUUAGUCUCUUAUUAAAAUUGGGCAAGUGAUCUUUCUAAUCUGACUAGGCCCCAGACAAGAAAAGAUGGGCUUCAGCAACUAUCUGCUGCUUCCUACAGCAAAAUACUUAAAUAGAUUAGAAAUGUGAG